AUGGACAUUCCUGAACUUAUUGAGUCCAUUCAGUUGGCCACUUCUUCUGGCAACUUCGAAAACUUGGACCCCCAGCAGCAAGCUCAACUGUAUGAGGCUUGUGAUCGAUUGAGGAGUAAAUGUGAAUCUCCUCUAGAUAAGACACUCAGGCUUCUUUAUACUUGCCACCAAGCGAUCGCAGUCCGUCUCGCUGUAGAUCUGAAGCUCUUCGAUGCAAUCGUCAAGCGCGCUUCUGAAGAGGAAGACGGGAAAGUGCGCGUGGGCCAACUUUCCGAGGAUGUGCAAGCAGAUCCCAAACUAGUUGGAAGGAUCAUGAGGUCGCUUGUGCCAUUAGAUAUUCUCAAGCAACAUACAUCCGAUACUUUCUCAUCCACGCGAUUCACUACGGCCUACAUUUCGACGUCAUGGAUGUCCGCAGCAGUGAUAUUCUUCACUCACUUGUUUCUUUUCGUCUCCAAGCUCCCCGAAUAUUUCAAGGAGAAAGGAUGGAAAACACCAGAUGAUAUUGACGACUCGCCGUGGAAUUUUGCAUCCGGGACCAAGUCUGGAUACUUUAAUUACAUGGCAUCGAAACCGUAUUACCAAGACGCCUUCGACACAGUCAUGGCCUCGCCCUACCGUCGCGACGAGAAAAGUUGGCUGGAAUUUUUCCCCGUCGAGGAGAAGCUACAAGUUCAGAGCCCCUCCGACGUGCUUCUCGUGGAUGUUGGAGGUGGUCGGGGGAAAGAUCUCCAGACCUUCCGUGAGAGGUUCCCCAAUUUGCCUGGUAGGCUUGUUCUCCAAGACUUAGGCCAUGUUUGUAAGACAGCAGAUAUUGGCAGUGGAAUCGAGACCCAGGUGCAUAAUUUCUUUGAUGAACAGCCCAUCAAAGGCGCAAAGGCGUACUACCUUCGCACUGUUCUCCACGACUGGCCAGACAAGCAGGCUGUGAUGAUCCUAUCCAGGCUUCGUGAGGCAAUGUCUCCCGAUUCUUCGCUAUUGAUUCACGAGAAGGCUAUGCCGGAGACUAAUAUUCCAUGGAUGGCUGCGAUUGGUGAUAUGACGAUGAUGACUGCUUUCUCGUCGUUGGAACGGAGCAAGAAUGAAUGGGAGACGCUAUUGAAGAAGGCUGGAUUGAAGGUCACCCAGUUUUGGAAGCCCGAGGGCUCUUCCGGACAGCAACAAGUUAUCAUAGAGUGUGCGCUCCAGAUAUCUGAAUGA